UUCUGCUGUUCUUUCAGAAUCUGUUGUAAGUAGGUUAAAGAUAAAGUAAAGUAACGGAUCCUUUUUCUUGUAUAAACAAGUGAUCAGUUAGCUAAGUAUAUAAGAGCUCGCCUCUUAAUUAAGUUUGAAACGAUCUUCGAUCUAAAAGGAAAGGUUUAUUAUGCAUGUAUUGUAAAUAAAGUAUUUUUUUUUACUGUGUAGAAACACCCUAAAACAGACAGACUUCAUCAGCUUAUCCUCGCUGGAGAUGAAGAGGAGGUAUUCCGAGUUAUCAGUAAAGCCGGAAGUACCGGUGAGUGCCAUAUGUAGGUGUUAAAGUUAGAACCACCUUGUACAGCACCACAAUAACGAUCUGCUCGCCAGCUUUUAACUCUACAGAUUCAAAAGUAAGUCAGUUUUUUAGUAAACUGAACCACAGGAAAGUAUUGCUAAGUAGCUCUGAUUUGAAUGGUUGCACAAGAGGAUUUCUUUAUUGUUUUUGCAAAUGCAUACAUAACGAAAAAUUGCUCAGAUUCGGAUCACAUAUUACAAAUAUAAUACAAAACCAAAGUCGAAAGGAAACCACAAGGCUUAUAAGGAAUAGGCUUCCACAAAAAAUAUUUUACCGAAUGACUAACUGCAACAUAACAGGUCAAAAUCAAUGGCAGAGCUACUUCACAAUAAAAAAUAAAAUAUUAGAGGUUUGUAUCAAGCAUAGUUAGGGUAAACAGCAGUGAACGAAAGGGGAACUAAGUGAAAAAGAAAGCAAAAAAAACUUAAAACUGAGUACGUAUUACCAAGAAUCACUUCGAAAAACAAAGAGCAGCAAGGGAAAGUACUUAGCGCAUAGUAGCCUUAAUAUUAGUUGGUACACAAGGUACUUUUUGCCAGAGCUUUGAACAACACACGUAAAACACGAAUUAUAAACUCAACAGUAAAUGUGAGAACUACAUUGAAAAGUAUAAUAGAUAGUUUUACAGGAAAUCACUGCCCAAGAGCAGUAUUGAAGCUGAUGAUGGAGAUAUAGCAACUAAUAGCGGUAUUCACGGAAGAAAGAAGCUACAAAGAUGUAGCACAACGCUAAGCUUGAUUAUUAACUAAAUGCCUGAUACUACAAGGGACUAAUAUAGAACUGACUGGUUCUCCUUUUGUGUUUUUGUACCCAUAAGAUAUAAACCGUCAAGACAAGUCCGGUAAAACGCCCCUUCACACUGCCAUCUUGUCAAAGCAAUUCCGGAUUGUUGACGAGUUAAUGGAAUACAAUGCCGACGUCACACUAACUGAUGACGCUGGUGAUACUCCUCUACACACCGCUAUUCAUGUUGGAAGUCAGAGACUGGUCCUGGUGAGUUUCCUAGGCUAUUUUCUUACAGGGAAGUAGAUUGUCUGAAGCAACUUGGAAAUUGUGAGCACCUGUGUUUAUGAAAGAAAUUUUCAGAUGGCUUUAGAAUGCAAAAAGAAGAAAACCCAAUAUUUUAGUCCUCCAAAUGAGUUGUGUAAAAACUAGGGGUAACUUUGUUUCCUUGCCCUAUUUGCACAAUAAUGGUGUCUUAAUUUUUCCCAAUCUUACACUUUUUUCUGUGCCCUAAUUGAACCUGCAAAGAACAAACCCCGUUGUCAUUCUUGCUUUGGGAAGCAAUCUGUUGAUUUGGGUAUUACAUUCUAAAUGAUGACUCUGACGUGAUUAUUUGUCUUUGACAUUGAGUCAACAAGGCACGUGAUGAUGGAUGACUGCUCAAGGGUCUUAGCAGAUAGGUUAUAAGCACUUACUAAGAACUUUAACUUAAACAAUUUUCUAAGAAACGUUUCUAAGAAAUAAAAGGAGCUGAAGUAUUAGAAAGUUUUUUUUUUAAAGUAUUAUAACGACUGUGGAUUUAACACUUUCACUUUGCUUACCUCCUUGAAGACUCUUCUCCAGCGUGGCGGAUGUGACGUUCAUAGCCUCGGAAGGAAUUCUGCCACGCCCCUCCAUCUCGCUGCUGCCAUGGACAAUGAUGCGAUUUGCAAGAUUCUGGUGAGAUUUGUGUGAUAAUAUAUCAAACAAUUGGCUCUUACCAUCGCUGGUUUUGUGACUGGCAAUGUUCAGUUUGAUGUACUUUAUACAUAUCUGUACCUUAACAGGGGGUUUUACAUGACAAUAAGGUUUAUUAAGCGUGAACAAGUCAAAAAUGAGAACCCGGUCUACUACAACGUAGAAGUAGUAAUUUGAGUUAUGGAGCAGAUGAAUGCAAGAUUUAAACUGUGCUAACAUCCAGUGCGAGCUGAGGCAGCCAUUGUAUUGGGAUUCUUGUGCGUUACAGCAUUCAGAUUAGUCAAUUAAACAAAACUGUUCUCAUUUGAAGUCUCGCAUAAGAAGGAAAACGAUUGAGGGAGGGUGCUUUUACAAAUCUUCUAUCGAAGAAACAAGCCAUGCAUAACUACAGUACUUAAGAUAAGUCUAGCAAAAAUCUUUCAAAUACUCUUGAAUUACGAAAGCUUAGAAGACCAGUGUACGUAUUUGUUCACUUUGUAAUGUUACCAAAUAGUCUUUUUUGGCACGCGAGUUUUUUUUUUUGUACAUGUAAAAAUUACGUUAUCAUAACAAGAGUGAAAUAUUUAAGCAGUUUGUCAGUUUGGAUAUGUCAUUCGAUGUCCAUGACUUGAAAGCUGGCAUUUACAAAAAUUUAGUUGUUGCAUGACAUCACUUAUAGGUCUGACCAAUAAACCUGAUAUUGCACUUGGAAAUUAGUGAGAAGUUAUGUUGUCAUUUUGUCGCAGAGAAGAGUGACUGCACCGACAAGUCUGGGGUUAAUCUGUAUUAUUUUUGCCUCACAGGUUGAUCAUAAUGCUAGGAUCACACCACUGGAUAAUGAUAGGAUGACACCGAUUGGCCGAGCUAUCGAAAGAGGAGCCAGUAAAUCUGCUCGCUAUCUGCUGCAGAUUGGUAAGUUAUCCAACUAAUUUUACGGAAGAAAUUUUCAGCAACUGUUGUAUUUAUCUCAUUUUUUACACCUAAGAAGGUCAAUACUUUUCCUACGGCCAUUAUGAUCACUUGGCGGUAGGAAUAAGUGAAAGUGAAUUUUCAAGUUCAGAUUCGAAUUGCGAUGAUAUUGUUUUAAAUUAGAUGAUAUAAUCAAUGCAAUAUCUGACGAAAAAAUCUGCCAAGUUAAAGCCUCAUUCACACCAAAGUUGAAGUUUAGUUAAAAACGAUUUACAUUGUUUUUUUCAUAAAAGCUUCUUACUGACUUUAGUUGAUUGCUAAUGCGAUUACAGAACAUGUUGAAUUUUAUUUGGAUUUUUUGUGAAAACAUAUGCUUCAGUUUUUCGUGCCUGUUUUACAACUUUUAACACCUGGUUUUAUUUAACAUGGUUAGUUGGUGUAUUGGGGCAUAAUAUUCAUGUUUUUUGUUGGAUUCGUAACCACAGUUAAUGAACAGAAAGGUUCUGUGGAGGAUUUCAUGCAUGAUGCUGACAUUGAUGGCAGCACUCUUCUUCACUUGGCUGCCAACAGUGGCGUAUUAAAGGUAUUUUCCUGCCAUGCGAUGAAUCCCCAAACUUGAUGUUUUAGUGUAAAGAAAACACCUCAUUCCCUCAUAUCAAAUUUGAUUAGAAUUUUCUCAUAACUUAAAAUGACUGGACUUGAAAACUUGUUACCUUAUCCUGGUUUAAACCAUGAAAUUGGAAUCAUUUUAGGGAGAUGCGUGCUAACAUAGUGGCUAAAAGGAAUAGUACUUUAUCAAAAGCCAAAGGACAUUUAAAUUUCAGUCUAAUGAAGCUUUUUGAACUACGGACGAAAAAAUUGUUUAUAAGUAAAGGACCUCUGCCUGUUGCUUGAUAUUGCUUUAUCUCGUAUACUUUUAUAGAUGGUGGAGUUAUGUGUGGAAUAUGGGGCUCGCGUACGGCAACCGAAGGUAAACUAGCACGUGUAAAUUAAUAAAAACUUAACACAAAUUCACUAAGUCACUAUUCUGGAUAAUUAGGCGUAAACCGUUAUUGCCUUUGGUAGAUAGUAACAUGGACUGUGAUGUCUCUAUGCGCGUUACCCAAAAAUGUACAGGGUUCUUAUCACAAAAAUAAAAGAUCAAUUUCGAUAUUAGAAUUCAUGCACUGUUUACAGUCCUUGCACAUGACUUUAAACGCCGUGUCAGUGUUCACUGAAUUGUGGCUUUUUGUGCUUUUACAUAAUUUUUUCUAACAUGACAAAGGAAAGCAGUCACUCUAAUUGGUUCACCACUCAAGUUACUAUUUUUCUUAUCCCAUGCCUCGUUUGACUCUCGAGCCUCUUUGUGCUAGGAAGCCUUUUGCGCGCGUGCAUAAGAUAACUGUUUAUUCUGUACAAUGGACAGAGAUCAGACAAAACAACAGCUUUUCACAUGGCUUGCGAACAAGGAUCGAUGCCCAUGGUUCAAUAUUUAGUCAGCAAAGACCCUGCAAUCUGUAGAAUAACACUAGUCGACUUCAGAGGCAAGACACCACUUCAUCUCGCCGCGGGGAAAAACCAUGUUCACAUUGUGGAGUUCUUAUUGGAAAAUGUGAGUGCCUUUGUUUCAUAUUUUCACCAAAGGAAAAUAUCGGGUAGAUUUGGGGAGCAGGGAUGUCAAUGAUUCACUCAAUGUCGUGAGAGGCCUCUGUUGAGAAUAUGGUGAAUGUCUGGGAAUACUUCUCGAGGCUGGAGGCCGAGGUUUUCCUAAGAGAUGCAUUUUUCUGUCAGCUAGAGAUAAAACGAACAUGAAGGUUGCCUUCACUUUAUUUUCUGAGAUACGAACUAAUGCUGUUUACUGCGCUUUUCACAAACAUGCGAAUUCUGAAGUUCAAAAGCCAACUGACGAUUGCGUUUUUCGCUGCCGUCAAUCAUCUUAACGGACCUCUUAGGAAACAAAACUUUACUUUAACGGGUUCAAAAGGUCAUGGUUUGUGAUUUGUGAUUGGUGGAUUUCGAUCCGUUUUGUGUGUUUCUGCGUUGCAAGGUUCGUUGCCUGUGAUCGUAAUUAUGAUUGACGGCAGCGAAAAACGCAAUUGUGAAGGCGGCUUUUGAACUUCAGAGUUUGCAUGUUUGUGAAAAGCGCAGUAAAGAACACUUGCAAUGCUUAUUUUCAGUCAGGUUUGUAUUUUAGACUGAAUGGUUUUUACUUCUAUGUAUAUAUCUGUAGGGAGCGGCACUUGAUCCAAAGGACGACGAGAGGCGUACACCUCUUUACUUAGCAGCGAGUUACGGCGCAAAUAGUGUGGUUACGUUUUUGAUGAAUGAAGGCGCUGACGUCACCAUCCGGGAUACCAUGCUCAAGUCUGUGGUUCAUGCGGCAGUGGGUGAUGCAACAUCUAUGGCAUAUUUACUGCAGGUGAGUGUUGUUAUAGCAACUGCGAGUGUGUGAGGGCUAGGUUCUUUUAUUUUAGACAGUGAAGCUCUUCUUUUACGUCAAGUACUCAAAUACCUCAACGCGAGUCAUACCUAUAAAAAACACUGAUAUUUGUCACUCAGUUGUGAUGUAUAAAUUCUAGUUUAAAAACUUAUGAAUAAUUCAUAAAGAAAAAUAAAACAAAACACAGCUGAGCUUUUAGCUCACAUAAAUAUGGAUGAUUGGACUGAUGAAGAGAAUAGAUUUUGAAGCAGUUUAAGGAACUCACAGUACGUGUUUCAUCGAGGAUUUAUUCAUGAUGAAACACUCUUACUCGCCUUUUAAUGCACAACAGUUCUUCUUCAACAAAACAAUAGUAAUAUAUGACUACCGAUGUCAGAAGUAUAAUUAUAAUUAUGAUGUAUAUUUAACCAGAGUCCUGCUGCUGCCGCUCUCAUCACUGAAAAAGACGUUGAUGGAUUUACGCCGGUUCACUACGCAGCCCGAAGGGGAGAUGUCAAGGUGAUGUUACUUUUAUAGUUAUAUUUUAUCUCAGGAAUCUCAAACUUACUAGUACAGCAUCCAAAAAUUUUAAAAAAUGUUACAGGUCGAGAGAUACCUUUAUGUUUUACCGCAGUUAUUUUCCCACUCUUUCAACAGACUAUCAAGUUGUUUGUAGCUAAAAACAGGACGUCCUCAAGUGUCUUGUCGAACAGCUUAGAUACUCCGAUUCACGUAGCAUCAAGGUAGGAAUGCCAGUUGGCGUUUACAAAUGAACAUACUUUUCGACAAAAAUUUAGCCAGUGAAUGAGCCAAGAGUAUGACAAAGGAAACCGAGUACACCAGUAGGAUUGUAUCGGAUUUAAACAUCCUUUAGGUUUCAGAGACGUUGGCUGGGAAACAAAAAACCUGUCAUUAGGUUGCAGUUUCGUUUCCCUUAAACAUUUUUUUAAUGUAGUUGACAGAGGGCCGUUGUUAAGAGUGAACACAGAGAUAAUAUUUGAUUCUUGAUGUAACCCUAACCCUUAUAUUUUACAUUAUCCUGACUGUGCUUUCUAUAACAUUUUUUCACGUAUUGAUCUGUUAGUGGGUUUGAUUGCCCAGUGAUCGAGAAAUAAUUCCCUUAGUCUCGAUAAGAUGCAUGGCGCACUUGAUUGGCCUAAAGGAACAACAAGUAAACAAUGUUUGCUUUUCUCUUCUCUUUUUUCUCGACCUUUUGUGGUGGAAGGUAGAGACUAAGGCAAUCAAUAGCGUAUAUUUACGAUCUAUGUCUCAUAGAGUUACCAUACCCAAAAUGUUUUCAUUGUAUGCGCAGCUCUUAAUUUGUUUGGUAUUUCAAACUCGCCCUGCUUACUUAUAUAUUUUAUAUGAUUUUUUAGCGUGUGAAUUUUUUUUUCGUCAUUAUUUAUUAUUUUAAAGAUAUGGUUGGACGGACACUGCUGUAGCGCUGAUGGAAAACCAAAAUGCUAAAAUCCUUAACAUGCAAAACAGUCAAGGAAAAACAGCGCUUCACUUCGCUUGUGCAGAGGGACAUGACAGCACAGCUGAAGAGCUCCUGAUACUCGGCGCCGAAAUACAAAGGUAUUUUAAUACUUCUAUAUCAUUUUCGCUUGUUACUGCCGAUUUCUAGUCUAUUCUAAGCUAUGAAAAAUCUGUUUUCAUAUGUGUUAUCAUAAAAUGUAACCGUAAAGUCAAUAUCUGCGUUGCUCUUUCAGCAUCGAGUAUUCUUCGUGCUGCUGUUCGUGCUCAUGCACAUUCGUAAAGCUCUCUCCAUGAGUCCCCUGCUUUAAGAUAUAUCAUAUAUGGCUUUAUGAUAGCGAUGUAAAGGCGGAACAAUGUUAGACCUUGCUUGAAUCAUGAAUUGAUAUUUUUAUUCAAUUACAUGAUCUAUUUACAAGCAAUAAUGUCUCCUUCUAAAGAGUCAAAACAAAGAACCCCUAGGGCGUGGUGAAACGGAGACUUCCUUUACGUUUGUCAACAUUUUUUUCAGAUCUGAUGAACAAAAAUAAAAUUUGUUUUUUCACAAGCCAGGUGUCUUUUAACUAAGACCGAUCGUGAAUCAGUCUUUAUGGGAAAGACAACCCUUUCGAAAAAAGGGUUUUUUGGAUGGCGUUGGCACGUUGACAGGCAACGUUGAUCUGACCCACGCAUACACAUCAUGUUCGAGUCACUUAUAUGCUUUUGUUCUUGUUGCAGAGAUUACAAUGAGCGAACACCCCUUCAUUACGCUGCUGGGAGAGGAUCACUGGCCUGUUGUCAGGUGAUGGUUAAAAAAUACGAGGACUGUGUUAACGAUGUCGACAAAAGCAAGGUACUGAUACGUGACUAAAGAUAGAUUGAAAAACAUUUAACUUUAAGGCUAUGAAUGGGGCAUCCCGUAGCUUUCCUACAAAUGCUGAAAUGUCAGAGCAUAACCAUUAACCAUUUGGAACUAUGAUAACGUUUAACACCACCUUCUUUACACAGAACACUGCUAUGCAUUUGGCGGCGAUCAAUGGCCAUCCACUUGUGGUGAACUUUUUUCUGACAGAUCUGAAGGCAAAAGUUUUAAUGAACAACGACCAUGAAAAUAUCCUGGAUAUUGCUGUCAGGUCAGAGCAUAAGGAUGUAGCAUCAGUGAUAGCCAGGCAUGACAGGUAAGGUGGGAACUUUGAAUUAAUGUUAUAUCAUUCGUUUUCCAUUUCGCGUAAAAGCCGCAAUGCUGUCUCUCUAGUUUGUAAAGAACUAAACUUGAGAAGAAAAUGUUCAUUACGUUUACAUACUGAAAAUACAAUAUCAAUUUGUUUAAUUACUUUAUAAGCUAAACAGAUUCUCUUGAAGACAAAUCAGUUGGAAUACUGUUAAAUGGUUAAUUGCCUUCUAAUCCAUGUUACCUCAGUCUUUCUCAGUCAUGAAAUUUGUCUUUAGCCGUUUAUAAGAUCAGAAAAACAGUGUAUCUAAUUGGGUUAAAUAUCUUCAGGUGGGAAGAAGUGCUGUGUAAGUGUUCUACUGGUCUCGUACCUUUGAUGAAAAAACUGAUUGAAAGGAUGCCAGAUGUGGUUGUGGUAGGUGAUGAGCGUUCUAUUACUUUACUCAGAUACACACAGUGCGGACUGCAUGUGAGUAGAAAAUGUUUUUAAGGUAAUGAUGCGAAGAGGGAAUGGAAUAACCCGAGUUCCAUGUGAAGAUCUUCGCAGGCUGUAUUUCUUUCUUGAGUUCAACCUGCUACCAAACGUGAUAUUUAUUUCCUUAAAACUCAUUAAAACUCCUAGUUCAACCGACUUCAAACCGAAUUUGGCUUUCAACAGUUAAGUUUGUCGUGGUUACGUUUUAUCAUAAAAUAAUCUAUUAUUAAUAUGUAUUAUAUAGACACGAGUGUUUUACUGGAAAAUAUACCACUCGUAAAAUUCAUAAAAACUACAUCGGGGACCCGAGUGGUUUAUUUCCAUAAUCUCACACCUGAGUUUAUCGAUGACGUAAUUUUGGUAACUUCCCUCUAUUAUUUUAUCGAUGUCAUUUUGUCUAUAUAAUAAAAAGAACAUUACACGGCGGCUUGAAGAUAUCUCGCUGCUCUCGUUCGUAAAAUAUUGUUUUGCCACUUGAAAAUAAAAUUCAUAUCUUCGCGCCACUGUGUAAUAUCCUCUAUAUAUGCAAAAGAUGCCUAUUGCAAUGUCUGUGUUUAAGUUAUAAGCUAAACAGGUCAUACAAACAAGCAUUUUAAAUUGUAGGAUUUUUUGGAUCAAUGCGUGGAAGAGAAAGGAGAUCCUGAAUCUGAGGAUUAUAUGGUGAGAACAUCAUCCCUGUCCACACCAAGUAAAUUUUAUAUUGCAAUAUUUGUGACUACUUCUUAGUGGGCAGGUAAUGACAGUGAAAAUUAAAGUUAUACAUGACAAGAAGGCAAGAUUGCCCGGAGCCUGGAUUCCCAUGCAUGUCCACCCUAAAUACUGAGCAGUGUUGGUUGAAGAAGAACUUUCUUCAUGCAGCUAUUUUCAGUUCCCGCAAAGAAAUCUAUUAGCGCUCAAAAACAUCUUUGGCUUCUCAAAAUCCGGACAAAUUUUAUCAUGCAUGCAAACGAGCAAAGAACAUUAAGGUAGAAAAGCAAACUGAAGAUAACAUAUAUGAAGUGACAAAAAUGGGAAGGACAACAGUAGUAAACAAAGGGAAGAUUGAAAACAGAUAUAAACAAUAAUAAAAGUCGAUUCUUUAGCAAUGAACCCAUCAAAACGACAUUUUAAGUCAACGAAUUGUAUUUUUAUUUAGAUGACAUAUAACUUGAAUCUAAUUCAAGGGCACUAUCCUGGAGAAAAACUGAAAGGCGACAGAAAAUCAAUGCAGCUCAUUGAGGUAAAUGUCAUAAUAUGCACAGCCUUGCGCUUAGGAACAGGGGGCUUACUCUCUGUCCCGGUCCCACCAUUGCACUUCAUCAGUAAAUUGAUUCUGAGUAUAUUAGCAGCGGUGUUCUUCGGCGUCCCUGUUUAUUUCGUCUAUUAAUUAUAUCUUAACGGUAAAUAGAUCGUACAUAUCAGUUUUCUUCUUAAAAGUACAAUGUCUCAGAUACCUUUUGGCUUUGGUUAGAACGACGUUCAUUAUGAAUGUCUGAAUAAUUUAAGUCACAACAGGCAGAAAUGACGUAUUAUGAGAAUUUCAAGAAACAUUCAACGUAAGACUUUGCAUUAAAUGGUAAGAAGAGGUUCGAUUCUAAUGUGACACUUAUACUGCGAUAUCAACUGCGCGUGUUUUUUGCUAAUUUGCUUAUGCAUGUAUUUUGUGAUACUAGGCAAUGGCUUUACAUCGACGCGAGAGAUGUCUGACCCAUGUCAUAUGUUAUGAGUUAUUAGAUACCAAAUGGUAAGAUGGAGCUAGAGCAGUCAACUCUCCCUAACGAGAACACUUUUGGGACCGGCAAUGUCUGUCCGUUUUAGAGAGAUGUCCGUCUUAUUGAGAGUUAAGGAAUAAAGGCAGGGAUCAACUCUUGAUGUACGAUUUCGCGAGGUGUCUGUCUUAUAGAGGUGUCCUUUAAGAGAGAGUUCACUGUCACGUAUUUACUAGUUGAACACCUCUUAGAGGCACCAAGAUAUAUCUUAGUGUCUUAAUGAUAAUGAUUAUGAUAAUAAUAAUGAUAAUUAUAUAUUAAUGAUAAUGAUGAUGGAGAUGAAAAUGGCUUAUUUAUUAUAAAAUCAUCAAUGAAAUACCAAGUGAGCUUUCGCGCGAAAACUUGAUAUCUUCACAAUGUGAGCAUUGCAUGUUAUCUUCACAUGUGAAAAUAUCACCAUUGUUAUGGCUUCAUAAUAAACCAUAACUUUCAGACCAAAAAACUAUUUAAGUAAAAUGGUUUGGCAACAGUUAACUAUCUAAAAAUAUCUUACCUCACUUUGUCGGUAAGAAUAGUGUUUAAUUUCUCUUUUAUUCUUCUUUACAGGAAAAAAUAUGGUUGGAUUACAUUUACCGUCAAUCUGCUCUCUUAUUUCUGCUUUAUAAUCCCGUUGACGGCUCUUGCUGUUCACGGAAGAGGUGGAGUGGAGAACCUCUGUAGUAACGGGACUUUUAUUUCCAUUGAGGUACAUUCUUCAUUCUUCACCGUGAAAAAUAAUGGGUGAAGGGUAACUAGGAUGUAGUGGAGUGCUAAAACGUUCGCCUGAGUAUUCCAGUUGCAACCUUACUAUCCGCCACUAAAUACAACGUUAAGUUUGAACAACUCUCCCCUUCAUUCCCUUCUUUCUCUAAGGGCGACCUUUACUCUUCGUCAGGCUCCUGGCCCUAGGGCACAGCUUAACGAAGUAGAUUUCCGAUUAACAUUUAAUAAACGAAAGAAAAAAGGUUUGUAAGAGUUUGUUAAACACGCAACACAAACCUUGAGCUGCAGUUUCGCUAGGGGCGGUGUAUAUGAUUACGAUUACGAUCCUUCACGCAUGUGGUCUUUGUGACCGAUACUCAGCUCACUUCCGCGUUUAAUAGUCCUUUUAGUCAGAAGUGACGCUGCUCUGGCCAAUCAGACAGCAGCCAGUAAAACCCUGGUUAACUCCCUGAAUGACGACGGGCUGUUGUUAUGAUUGCACUGUUAUGAUUAUGAUGCCGAAAGUUUGAUUAUGGUUAUCAAUGUCAUUAAGGUAAAAAAAUAAUUUUGAGCACUUUUUUUAUUCCAGUUGUGGAAAUUUGACUGCCUUUGCGCUUGUGGACGUUUUUUGUUUACCAAAAUAUUUUGGAAACUUCGAUAGAAAGGCCGUUGGACGAGGAGAGUCUUCCAUUUGACAAAAGUUCUACUCGUUCCCCUCUCAAAUAGCCGUGAAUCGAGUCUGAAACUGGUGAAAACUCGAAAAUGGAACACAUAGUUCCAAUUACACCCACGAAUUUUCCGUUGGAAUGCUCAAAAAGUGUGUUGUUUAUUAUCCCAAAAUGGCAUUUCCGGAGUUUCAUGAUAAAUGGAAAGCGUUUCCCAAUUCAGACCAAGGGAUGUUUUCAGGGGAAUUAUGCAGUGCAUGCAUAUGGAAGGGAAGACAGUUCUUUUGGGGUAACACAUGGUCUGAAAUGGAAAGAAAACAAGCAUACCAGCUAAAAAGGUCUAUUUUGUUUUCUCUGCAGGAAAGCUGCACGUAUUCAGAUUUGGUAAGUGAAAAAAUACAUUGCCUUCUUCAUCACGUAAAAAUCGCCCGUCAGAUCACACGUACCUUAAGCCUCUUAACUAAAAGGCAUGGUGCGAGCAGGUUACCCUUGUGUGUUUAUCAGACACUGUGUUUUUACAUGUUUUUAGACGACUCAAGUGCUGAGUGUUGCUGUCUUGAUAGUGACUACGGGUCUGAUGGCGAAGCACGUCAUUGCAUUGAUUCGCAAAGUGAGUAUUCUACGCAAAACGUCCUUAUUUCCUUUCGCCCAAAGUUAAGACUUUUAAUAAAGAUUGAGAAGUCACGCGUCUUAAUAGCUUUUAAAUUCAUGCUUUUUAGCUUGUUGGGGGGAGGGGCUGAGAAAAAGUGUGGCAACAACAAAGAUAGAUUAUACCUUCUGUAGCGCCAUUUCCUUGAAGACUGAAAAAAAAACUGCAAACAUAAAUCGCCAUUCUAACCUGGCUUUCUAGUACCAUAAUACUUAAUCGAUUUGUUAACUGCGAUGGUUAAAGCUUAAUUGGUAGAGAACUGGUCUACAAAGCGGGAAGGUUGUGGAUUCCCGCCAUUCCCGCAGAUUGUCCAGUGCCCAGUUUUUUCCUUUUACACAACUUGACCAUGACUAGGUAGAAGGUCUUCAGUUUUCAAAACGUUUUUCUUGCUUCAUACAUUUGCGCUUACAUAAACAUCUUUCUCACAGCGUCUGGCAUAUGUACUCAGCUUUUUAAACCUGGUGGAGUGGAUCUGCUACGUUGCUACUUUUGUUUUCGUCCUUCCCCCGUGCGACUGUAAGAAAGGUUAUAAACUGCAGGCUGGUGCAGUGGCCUUGUUCUUUGGCUGGAUGAAUCUCAUUCUUUACUUCAGAAGGUAAUGAAAUCUUCAACGUAUUUAUAGAGCGUUUUCACUCACGUGGCCAGCCGCUAUGCAAAUGUUUGAAAUAAAUUAAGGAAGUUUUUACGUAAGGAAAGGCCACCUCCCACAGGCCGUGUUUCACAGGAACACCAACAUGGCCGCAGUUUCACCAAUAUGGCGGACGUGACGUCAUGUAAAAACGCUCUAUACGGAAAGUCGUGAAAAAAAGGGAAAAUUUGUGACUUCAAUAAACCAUUUGUUUUCAAGGCCGUUUUCAGCUCCCAGGUUCCAAUGUGUAACGAACUUGCCUAAAAGCAAAGUUUGCUCGUUUGAUGUUUAUUUUCCAGGCUGUCUUCCUAUGGACAGUACGUAAUCAUGCUGACCACCAUGUUUGUUACUCUUUUCAAGGUGAGAAGUAAAUCGUGCCAUUUUUAUAGACCUUGUAGAGUAUGUGGCCUUCCUUGACAAUUCAUUAUCCACAAACAUCAUUAACACUUUGCCAGUUGACGCUUAAGGAUUAUGGCUAUGUUGGUAACCUCUCUCUCAGGGACGAGGUUGGUUUAUUGCUUGGUGGGCAUCGUGUUUUGCUUAAAAUUAUUAUCCCUUCACUUCCUUGGCCAUGGCAAGCAAAGCCCUAACAAAGUGCAACUAACUCGCAGAAAGCUUGCCUAUACUUUACGGACAACGUGUAUCUGCUUGCGGUCCUGAAUUAAAAUUGUUUGCACCUGAUUUUAAUGGAUAGCUGAUUAUGUAUUAACAUGUUUAAAAAUAAUUAAAUGAAACACGUAUAAGAUACUAGUGACUAAGCAAAUGUUUUAAUCUUUGUUUUUUUCAAGGUAACGUUGUUGUGGCUAUUAUUUGUGAUGGCGUUUGGAACCACAUUUUACAUGAUUAUGGAUCAAGUAAGUUCCACAAGUCUUUUGUUCAAAAUGGCAUUCAAAACUGAUGUCACUGGACUCUUCUCCCCGCCAAAAUUCCGAUCAUCCUUGGUUAAAAGCUACAAGUAGAGGAUAAACUGUUAGUGUGACAAGAAAGGGUUUUUGCUAUUUAUAUAGAACACUGAAAGUUUUUGGGCAGCGUAUUGCAAUUUCUUCAAGGAGUCACCUUUAAACUUGAUUGAAAAAGCUCAACCACGAACAUGGCUCAUAUGACAUUGUUUAAUUUCCUGAUAAAUUACCAUUUUCAGAAAUUAUGUUCUCUCUUCUGAUAUAAUACCUGGCUUGAACAAAAAGUGACCAGCUCUCUUUAUUUUAGUGUCGAGAGAUAGAAAUUGUGCUGCUAUGCAACUCAAGAGAACACGUCAGCAUAUCAUUAAAAUACACUGAGUGGGCUCCGUUGCCAGCUUUUUACCCGCAACUCAUCAAAAGUUUAAAGUAAACAUGGUGGUUUUAUUUUCUGAUGUACAGGGCGUGUUUACCGAAAGACUAGAAUAUUCAUUGAUGACCAUUUACGUGAUGACCAUGGGAGAGUUAAAUUACCAUGAUGAGUUCGUACCUUGGGAAAGGCUUCCAUUCUCCACUCUGACCAACAUUCUGUUUAUUGUUCUCGUGCUUGCAAUGCCAAUCAUUUUGAUGAACAUGUUGGUGAGUUUGACCCUUAAGAUUUUACAAAGCUAUAAUUACGUUUCAUCGUGGUUUGUUAGAAUACUUAGCAAAGCUUAUAUCUCUCUGAAAGUACGAGAAUGUGAGUGAAAAUCCCUUAAGCCAAUUCUUAUUUUCUUCAUACUGUCAGGUACAGGGUGUUUUCGGAUCCUAACGAAUUUUAUCCUGUUUUAGUUUAAGACAGAAUAUGAUUAAUCAUGCAGUUCACUUCAAUAUUAAUUAAAUCAUAACAUUAUAGUGGGUAAGCCGUCAUAUUCAUCCUCCAGCAGCAAAUAGCCGUUGCUGAUGAAUUACCUUUUGCAUAUUUUUUAAUUUAGGUCAUGAACGAACACUUAGAAGAAUACAAUUUCACAUUUCAGUGCCAGUCCAAGAAGACGACUUAUUUCUUUGCUGGGGUCUUAAACAUUGACUUAGCCUGUUUCAGUCGCCAAGAAAGUAAUGUUCAGUGAUCAUGACAACUGAUGCGUUAAACGCGCGGGAACUGGGGAGAGAGGAGUCGCCCUGCCCCUUCCCUAGAUCACACGCGUGUUAUUUGGCUUCUUUUUACUCCCUGCUAUCCGACGAGAGCCGAGCAUAGAUUAGCAUUGACUGGAAAAGGUGACAGCCCGAGAAAAUCUAGUAGUGUAAUAAUCUAGUGUUAUAAUCGAUGUUAUUUCCCCUUUGAAAACUUUACUUCUCAUCUUGUUGAUGUACAAAAGCUAACGUACGAUCUACUGUCGAUUGUUUACAAUGUAAAUAACAAAUGUAAUCUCUCAAAAAUGCGCUACCUCUAGCAGCUUUUAAAAAAUCUUAAAACUGAGUUAAUUUAAAGGUCUUAAAGUGCGAGAAACAUAUUUAUGCUUAAUCUGUGUUAGGUUGGCCUUGCUGUGGGCGACAUUGACAAAAUUCAACAAAAUGCCUUGAUGGAUCGCUAUGUGCUGCAGGCAAGUUAAUAAAUAUGCUGAACAUGAGUCUUUUCAGGUUGUCCUCCAUUGACAAAAUUGAGGGGUACACAAACCACUGGGAAAUGUUUAUUGUGUCACAUGAAAAAUGGCAUAUUUUCUUUCAUUGUCGAAACAGAGAUUUCUAAACGCUGAAAAUAAAUGCCACUACUAACACUAGAGAUGUCAUGUCAAACUAUCUGAAACGAAAUGUAACCUCGGGGAGGGCGGGGGGAGAGGGGCUCAUUGUAUAGAAUCUUUUUAAGUUUACUUCUGUGGCUUAUAUUUGAUUGUUUUCACUCCUUUGAUUACCUAAAUUGUCUAGAAAUGAACCCAAAAUUUGUCUAUAGGUUUAAACUUGAGCUAUUCUUCGAGCCUCGUAACUCCCAGAUUCUCAGCCUUUUGCUUGGCCGUCGUUUUACCCUGGGUUCUGUUGUUGCCUUAUAUUCCGCUGUUUCUGUCAAAAUGACGAUUUUUCUAGGCUGAUUAGGCUUUCAGGCACUAAAAACACAUCAAGAAAUAGUAAAUUCUUAAUGCAAACCGGAUCAUGAUACGUUUCUCAACGUACUUAGUUGUUGUGGUGUCUUUCAGGUCCAGAUGCUCUUGGAUAUUGAGCGUUCUAUGCCUACGUUUUUCCUUAAACAUGUUCAAGUUGAAGGCUAUUCAGAAUUUCCAAAUCACGCCCAAUCAAUCAGGGCAAAGGUAACUAUUAACAAGUGUUAACGCUGAUUGUCUUUAAUAACCCUUAUAAGGCCUAAAAUAGAGAGAAGUAUGACGUCACGUUACCAUGGUAACCAAAUUUUCUGGAUCACAACAGUUUGGAGCUUAAGCUUUAACGACGGCGACGACGACAGGAAAUGCUUUUUUGUACAUUUCUUAGCCGUCGUUGCAAGAUUCCAAAUUUUACGCGCCUUUGUGGAGUAGGUGAACACAACACAAAAAUUUUCUUUGCCUUUUUCUAAACUUUGAUAUGGUCCUUUCGAUUCAACCCCAGAAAAUUUGAAACAGUGCGAAUUCACUUUUUAAGUGACGUUUUCGGUUUGUUGUCAUCCAAAAAUUUUGCUACCAUGGCAACAUGACGUAACGACUUUUCCUCUCUAUCGGAGGAGCUCAAGCGAGUUUUGUAGCUCUUUCGGUCCUAAUCAGCUCUGUACCAACAAAGAGGGCAUAUUCGGGUUUCAUUAAAAAUGGACACGCCCUCCCUAGGAUUUUGUCAGAAGACGCAGACUCUUAAGUUAAAAAAGACAAUUUGACAGGCACGGAGAUUGUGGCAAUAGCUUCUGGUUUUAACUACUCUGAUCCUCUGUGCUUUUUAUUCUAUUUUUUUCGUUUUCCAGUUGUUUGAUGCAUUUGUGUCGUUUCGCAAGCCAGAAACAGCUGAAGUAGAAGAGGAAGAAGAGUUAUCACCCGGCAUGGCUAAAAUUAUUGGGAAGCUUGAUGAACAAGAAAAAAGGUUUCUAACUCCUUUUAUGUAAAUACUAUAAAUUAAGAAAAUAGGUUACUGGAAAAUAACAUGUAAAGUAUAAAACACGAAUUCAGUAAAGAGACUUCGUUUCUAGACGCUUCUGCGCUUGACAUCAAUUGACCAGCCGUCAAUUUGAAACCACGCCAUGUUGCGUUUUCCUACCAACAUUUGAUAAUAUUCAUUUAUUAAAAUAAUCUUAUAUUUACGCAUGCGCAUGGUGAGCGAAAAAUGUAUGUGGUUGUCAUUACACAGGUGUUAUAGUUUAUAACGUGCUGUCUCCUUUGACUCUGUGCAUAAUAUUUACCUACAGUAAAAUAUAUACGUCCAUCUACCCGACAGAGUUUAUAUCCAGUAAGUCAGUCACAUAAUCUUUACAUUUUUAUAGGGUGGAUAAAAUGUACGACAUGUUUAAAGAGCAGAGCGACACAUUGAAAGAACAAGGUGAAAUUUUAAAAGAGCUCUUGAACCACGUAAAGGAAAAAAGCAAAAAGGACGAAACGACAAAGAUGCCAGGAUUACAACUAUUUGGAUUUUAAUAUCGUUU